AUGGAUUCUGACGAUUUUAUUGCAGACUUGUUGAUCCAGGGCCCAGUGCGCCACCCACAUCUGGAAACCCUCCGCUUGGGUAUAGUUUCUCUCCUGAACCCGAGCCGGUUGAUGAUUCCAAUCCUGCUUCAUCCAGUAAGGACAAAAAAAAGAUUCUUUAUGCCACCAUCAGUGGGAGCCAAAUACAACACUGCUGAGGAAAUGGCACGAAAAGCAAAGGCUGCUGGAAUUAUUGUUCCGGAAGAAAUCAUGGAGCGUCCAAUUAAUGUUUCCUGCACAGCUGGAAUUUUUGAGCCAUAUGUACCCCCUGAGGGUGAUGCCCGACUGUCCACACUUUCCAAGGAUGGCUUGAAACAGAGAACGGAGCAGCUGAAACAGACAGCAGCCUCUUAUUUGGCAAUUCGGAGAGUCAAAAACUAUGAUGAGGAGUUUAGUACCAAGUCCUUUCCAGAGAAAGCUCAGGAAAUCUUCAUUACUGCACACAAGUACCUGACUCUGUUUGAUCGUCACAAGUUACAUAAUCUGGUGACAGAGCGGUGCUACCCUGAAAUGGUGCGAGGUAAUCGAUAUCGCACAAUACACUGGUCAUUUGUGGAGUCUCUUGAGGCUCCCAGAGUUGUGCAAGUCCGAUGCCCUGAAAUGGUUUCCAAGGGGAAUGUUUAUAGUCAAGUCACUGUUCGAAUGUACAGCAAGCAGACUCUAAUCAUCUAUGAUCGAUUUGGCCGGGUUGAAUGUGGGAAGGAUAAGCCACGAGAUGUGUUGGAGUAUGUGGUUUUUGAACGUCAUUUGGUAAACCCAUAUGGAGCAUGGAGAAUGCAUGGCAAAAUAGUGCCUGCUUGGGCACCCCCCAAGGAGCUCAUUGUUAAGACAGUAGUAAUACCAGGUCCAGUAUUAAAACCUUGGCAGAAGCUGGAAGAUUUGGAAUUAGAGGGAGAAAACCCUGCACCAAUGCAGUAG